CCCAAACACUACUGGAAUCACACACUCAAUCUAACGAGACAGGAUGUGGAAGAGAAAGAAUGAAUGGUUGAUCAAGCCUCCCACAGAUCAUCCACUGGAGACGAAGUACAGGCCCAUACUCGAGAGCAUGAUCCCUUCGGACCCCAUGUCCAAACUUAAACUGAAAAGGCUUUCACCCAAAGAGGAGUUUCCUAAUCUGUAUGGGAACUACACCUGCAUGGCUCGUGUGCUGGACCUACACAUGUACACACGGCAGUUCAACCGCGCCACAGAGAGCGGCGUCAUCUUUGACGACAUAAUUCGCCCCGGUCUAGAGGAACCAGGAACACUUACCGGGCCGCUGACAGUGGGCUGUUUAGCUGGCGAUGCCCAGUCCUACAUCGUCUUCUGUGACUUCUUUGACCGCAUUAUUGAAGCCUACCACAGCUACAAGGUGGCCAGUCACAUUACACUAAAGAGUGACUUUAAUCACGACAACCUGAAGGGUGGUGAUGACUUUGAUCGUGAGUAUGCACUAAGCUGUGAGGUGAGUGUGUCCCGCUGUAUUGAGGACUUCUGCUUUCCUGUACACUGCAGUAGAGGUGAAAGAAGGAGUCUUCUUACGUUAGCAAAAAAAGCUCUGGACCAACUCGCUGAGAAGUUUCCAGGUAAGCUUUAUUCUAUGGAUGAGCUUAACACGGCAACAGAAGACAGAGGAAUAGUAAUGGAUGCCCCACCUAUCACACUGCUGAAGACUGGAGUGGCUCGUGAUUGGCCAGAUUCUAGAGCCUUGUGGGUGAGUAAGGAUGGAACUCUGGCCAUUUGGGUGAACAUGGAUGACCACCUGAAACUGGUCUCUUCUAGAAGUGAUGCAAACAUCCAGGAGGCCUUUGCAUCCAUCUGCAUUAAUCUAGUAAAAAUGGAGGAAAUAUAUAAGAAGAUGAGGCACUGGUUUAUAUGGAAACCGCACAUCGGUUGGGUGGUGAGCUCACCUGCAGAGGUGGGCACCGGGCUGACGGCCUGUGUCACGAUGAAACUGGUACAUCUGCCUCACCACAAACUCCUGAACGAUAUUCUGGACAGACUGAGGCUUCGCAUGGAGGAAACAGACUCACCUGAGCUGUACAAAAUAAGCAACCAACAAACCAUCGGGCUGACAGAAGUGGAGUUUACCCAGAUAGUGGUGGACGGUGUAAAGCUGCUGAUCAGAAUUGAGAAGAGACUGAAGGAUGAUGCCGGCAUUGAUGACCUGGUGCCUGCAAAGAAAUAAAUAUGCAGGUCCAACCAGAGGAGGUCAAAUAUUAGUUACAUUUGCAGAAAUGCUUUCUGAGGCUAUAUACCUAAUGUUUUUAAUACAUCUGCUAACAAAAAAAUCUUUACUUGAUACACCUCAUGCUCAACAGUAUGUGGAACCCCUCCUAAUGAUUGAGUUUAGGUGUUCAGCCAUAUUCAUGGCUUACAGGUGUAGAACCACAUUAUAUGCUUCUAAAUUUGUGAUGACAUUUUCCCAGAAUACUUUUCUUUACAGUGUAAAUGUGUCCGUGUUUCAAUAAGAAAUGGUUGGAUGAGUUUGAUAAAGAAGAACUGUGGUGGCCACAGAAAAUAGCCCUGACCUCAACCUAAUAAACUAAUUCUAAUCUUCAUGUUUAUGUGAAACAUCUGAGCCUGA